AUGUCCCUUCUACGCGAGGCUGAGAGAUUGAUCACCAAUCAACAUGCUCAGGCUCAAGCUCUUAAUGCCUUCAUAACCCCACUGCCUCGUGCAGGCCAAUGGGUAGACCGCGUAAAUGAGGCAGACCGACGCCGGGAACAAGGAAAACCAAAAUCCAAUGUUGACGGCCGGCUGGUCUCUAUUAAAGAUAAUAUUUGCACGCGCGAUCUCCCGACAACCUGUGCCUCGGGUAUUCUUGACAAAUUCACCAGUCCAUUCAACGCGACAGUGGUCGAUCAAUUGGAAGACGCUGGAGCAAUUAUCGCAGGGAAGACCAACUUGGAUGAAUUUGGAAUGGGAUCAAACUCUGUUCAUUCACGAUUUGGACCCGUCAAGAAUUCGCGCCGUGAUAGUAGCGGGCAGGAUCUCGUUGCGGGAGGUAGUUCGGGUGGGAGUGCCGUUGCAGUUGCAGCAGAUCAGUGCUAUGUCGCACUUGGCACAGAUACAGGAGGUUCAGUCAGACUUCCAGCUGCGUAUACUGGAACCAUUGGAUUCAAGCCAUCAUACGGGUUGAUCUCGCGAUGGGGCGUAGUUGCCUACGCCAAUUCUUUAGAUACUGUUGGAAUACUGGGAAAAACAACCUCUAGUGUUCGAGAUGUCUUCUCUAUCCUUAACCGCCAUGACCAACGCGACCCAACCAGCGUAUCCGCGUUUUCACGAACACGCAUUCUCGAGCAGCUCCAAGAAUCCCGAUUUGCAUCUCGAUUGAAUUCUACUCCUUUACGGAUAGGCGUGCCUGUCGAGUACAACAUUUCCGAGCUGACACCAUCAGUCCGAAGAGCCUGGCUCAUGUCCCUGGCACAUUUACAAGCACAAGGACAUACAAUCCACCCCGUCUCAUUACCAGCGACAAAGCAUGCCUUAUCAGCAUAUUAUGUUCUCGCCCCAGCUGAGGCAUCCUCAAAUCUGGCCAAGUAUGAUGGAGUACGGUAUGGUACUCGUGCUGAUGGACCAGAUAAUACUGGGAAACCUGAUGGGUAUCUCUACUCGAAUACGAGAGGCAGUGGGUUUGGAUCAGAAGUGCAACGUCGCAUUCUAUUGGGCACGUUUAGCUUAAGUGCCGAUGCUAUGGAUAAUUACUUUAUUCAAGCACAGCGUGUUCGCCGGUUGGUCCAAUUGGACUUCAACGCUGUCUUCCGUGCCACGCAUCCACUAGCUGCUGCUGGGGAUUCAGAUGCAGCAAGGUCUUCGUCAAUGGAUGUGGAUGUUCUUAUUUGCCCUACUGCUCCAUCAUCACCAUCCCGACUCUCGGAUGUUACUGGCGCAUCGGCUGGUUCGUCGCCGUUGGAUGCAUACGUCAAUGAUGUGUUCACAGUACCGGCUAGUCUGGCUGGCUUGCCUGCCAUCUCUGUACCGGUGACUGCGUCCGAGUUGAGCCAGGAUUCGGAUGCUAGCGAUGUUACCGGAAUUCAGGUUGUGGGGCAGUAUGGUGAUGAUGAGUUGGUGAUGCAAGUUGGCGAGUUACUUGAGGGUCUUCACUUUGGAUCAUCAUAG